AUGUUUGCUAUGUACUGUACUGGUUACGACCCUAAAAAACUCAAGCGCAUUAUGUGGUUGCUCCCUCGGGCAUGUGGGGCUUCCUCCCUCAGGGAUUGGCGCCUCCCACGUGUGGCGCACUCUGCAGGCGGGUGGCUGGCCCUCUGCUUGACUGCCUGUCUGCUACCACCCUUCUCUCCCUAUCACCCCACCCCCUUUCCCCCCCUGCACUGUCUUUCAGGCAGCACGCAGGUGUCACUGGUGGCGCACUCAGCAGGCGGGUGGCUGGCACGCCUCUACCUCGCGGAGUACGGCCAUGCUGACGUGGCGCUGCUGCUCUCCCUGGGCUCGCCGCAUCUCCCGCCGCCACCAGGGGCAGAGGGGGUGGUGGAUCAAACCAGAGGCCUGCUCACGCACAUGCAGGCCGUCUCCCCAGGCGCCUUCCACGCACCGCACGUCAAAUACGUCUGCAUCUCGGGCAGCGAGGUGCCUACAGAUUAUAUGCUUUGCUCAUCACCUCCUCCGCAGCUCUCCACUCACCCACUCACCCACUCAAGCAGGUACAUCAAGGGUUUACCCCUGUUCGGCAGUGCCGCUGCCACCCCUGCAGCAGACGCAGCAGCCUCUGCACCAGCCUCGAUGGCAGCAGUGGCAGCAGCAGCAGGGGGGGAGGCACGCGUCUUUGCCCUGGAUGUGAAACCAGUUAGGGGCGCAUCAGCAAAGGCAGGCAGUGAGAGUGAGAGUGAGGAGGGCAGCAGUGGGGCUUCAGAUGAAGACGAGGCGGGUGCUGAGAAGCAGGUGGCAUCUGGGGGAGGUGUGUUCCAGGCGCGCAUGGUGGGGCAGGGGUACAAGCAGGUGUGCGGGCGGGCGGAGGUGUGGGGGGAUGGAGUCGUGCCGGAAGAUGCCGCCCUGCUGGAGGGAGCGGAGAAUCUGAUCUUGGACGGCGUGUAUCACUCGCCUGUGGGGGCCAGUGAGGCCCGGCCGUGGUACGGGUCUCCCUCCGUGCUGCCUUCAUGGCAGCACCACCUGUUGGCUUGA